AUGUCUAUGCCCACUCCCGCGACGAAUACAACGCCGUCGGCCGCUCUGGCCGGUCCUCCCAGCGUGGACACCCCCUCUGUGGAGCCCAUUGCGAUCCAGGAUCUCGAGAGCGGCAAAUUGGACGUGGACUCGCUCGUGCUGGAAAUACAAGACCUGCGGUCUCAUAUCGCGGGAUUACGCUACGAGAUGGCUAAAUACAUCCGGCUGCUUGCGUCAGUGAAUGAGGACAGCACGUCUUCCGGGUUCUACCACGAGGUGGCGGCCCAGAUCGGCGUUUUGAAAAACAGCCUGGAUACAUAUAACAACGCUUACAGAAGACUUCUCCCUGUGAUUCGGUACUCGAAACUGAAGAAAGGGCUGAGCCCCGAGGACCAGACGAAGGUGGUGAGCCACGAGGUGAAGGUGGAUACGAAGUUUCUGAGCGAGCAAGCGGCAAAUAAGAUGGAUAUAUCGAAAAACCCGUUAGUGGCGGCCUCAGAGAUGGGUGCUCCGUACUCUGCGGGCAGUGUUGGGUCGCCUGGUGCGCGCAAUGGGGCUGCCAAGCGGCCGAUGAAGGCCAAGCCGCCAGUCAAGAAGAAGUGA